AUGUCGCUUUCAAAAGCCAAAAGAAAAAUCAUCUUUUACGAGGACAGAAACUUCCAGGGUCGCUCCUAUGAGUGCAUGAGCGACUGCUCGGACAUGUCCUCAUACCUGAGCAGGUGCAACUCCUGCAGGGUGGAGAGCGGCUGCUUCAUGGUCUACGACCGGACUGACUACACAGGCAACCAGUACUUCCUGAGGAGGGGAGAGUACUCCGACUACAUGCGGUUCGGCAUGCGUGACUCAAUCCGUUCCUGCCGUUUGAUUCCUGAGCACCGCGGCUCUUACAGAAUGAAGAUAUUUGAAAGGGAGAACUUCCAAGGCCAGAGCCAUGAGCUGGUGGACGACUGUGACUCCUUCCAGGAGCGCUACCGCAUGUCCGACUGCCAGUCUGCCCAGGUGAUGGACGGCCACUGGCUGAUAUACGAGCAGCCCCACUUCAGAGGCAGGAUGGUCUACAUGAGUCCUGGAGAGUACAGGAACCUCAGAGAUAUGGGAUACAGCGGGAUCCGAUUCAACUCUCUCCGCCGCAUCACAGAUUCCUGUUAA